AAGGCAACAUUUGAUCAUGAAGACGUGAGAUUUUGUAAUAUACAUACAGUUGGAGGCCUUAAUUGCAAACUUGGUCGUCUUGUUAGUGUCCGAUCAUUCUCGACUGAGAGAAUUAAAAGUAACGUCAGUAAGUUUGAUCGAGGGGAUGGGCUGCUUCUGCCCCUGCUGCUUCGAUGAGAGUUUCUCCGAUCAGGUUGACCUGGAGCUGGAGCCGGUGCUGCUCAUCUCCGGAAUCGGAGGCUCCAUUCUGACUUGUAAGAAGAAGAAGAACAAGUCUGGGUUCGACACUCGGGUCUGGAUACGGAUCCUUUUGGCUGACUUGGAAUUCAAGAAGAAACUCUGGUCUCUCUAUAAUCCCCUCACUGGUUAUACAGAAACUUUAGAUAAAGACACUGAAAUCGUGGUCCCUGACGAUGAUUAUGGCCUUUAUGCAAUUGAUAUUCUAGACCCGUCUCCGUUUGUGAAAUGCAUACAUUUGUCAGAGGUCUACUAUUUUCAUGAUAUGAUUAAUAUGCUUGUGGGUUGCGGCUAUAAGAAGGGAACCACAUUGUUUGGAUUUGGCUAUGAUUUCCGUCAAAGCAACAGAAUUGACAAGUUAAUGCAAGAUCUUAAAGUGAAAUUGGAAACUGCUAACAAGGCUUCUGGAGGCAGAAAAGUAAAUAUAAUUUCACAUUCAAUGGGUGGACUGCUUGUAAUGUGUUUUAUGUCACUUCAUCAUGAGAUCUUUUCGAAGUAUGUGAGCAAAUGGAUAUGCAUCGGUUGCCCCUUUCAAGGUGCACCAGGAUGCAUCAAUGACUCCAUUUUAACUGGACUGCAGUUUGUUGAAGGCUUGGAAAGCUUCUUUUUUGUAUCAAGGUGGACUAUGCAUCAGCUGUUGGUUGAGUGUCCAUCAAUCUACGAGAUGUUGGCCAAUCCAGAUUUUUAUUGGAAAAAGCAGCCUGAAAUUCAGGUUUGGAGGAAGCAGUCUAAUGAUGGGAAAACUUCUAUUGAGCUGGAAUCUUAUGGCCCCACGGAAAGUAAUACUUUGUUUAGAGAAGCACUUAGAAAUAAUGAGCUAACUUAUGAUGGUAAAACUGUAGCUUUGCCAUUUAACUUUGCUAUUUCCAGAUGGGCUGCCGAGACUCGCAAUGUUCUCAACAAUGCCAAACUACCAGAUGGAGUCUGCUUCUAUAACAUCUAUGGAGUAUCCUUUGACACACCUUUUGAUGUUUGCUAUGGCUCGAAGGCAUCUCCAAUUGAAGACUUGUCUGAAAUAUGUCAUUCAAUGCCUCUGUAUUCUUAUGUGGAUGGAGAUGAAACAGUUUCCGCUGAAUCAGCAAAGGCGGAUGGAUUUGCUGCAAUUGAAAGAGUAGCAAUAGCAGCAAGACAUCGGGAACUACUAUGUGAUAAAACAGUUUUUCAACAUAUCAAAAAGUGGUUGGGAGUAGAGCAGAAGGUCAAUAUACAUUCCAAGACAUCCAGAGUCUCAGAUGAGCCUGUGAGGCAAUGAAAAAUUGGUUCACAUAUAUAUGUAUGUGUGGUACAGGACUACAGGACCAUACAGUAACAUACUUGAUUCAAAUUCUUUAUUUCUGGCCGGAUACCAUCUGUUAUUCAUGCUGUAAUCCGGUAAUUUAUUCUAUACUCUUAAAUCGGAAAGAUUAAUGGUUUAAAAUCAAGGACCUUGGAGAAUAACCUGCACCAAAGUUCAAAUUUCCCCCCUCUGUU